UACAGGCAACUCGCUGUUUCCUGUUUCCGGUAGUGUCGACUGAGAAAAGGAGGGCCGUGACUUUUAGCUGUCCGCAAAGCGUUAAUGUAAAACAUGGGAUAUUUCGUGCUGGAUAAAUGGAUUGUUCCUUGCUUUACAGUAGCGUGCCUCUUCCUACGAGGAGUGGCCACUGGAAAGAUGAAGAUUGUUGAAGAGCCAAAUACAUUUGGUUUAAAUAAUCCAUUAUUAUCUCAGACAAACCAUAUGCAGCCAAAGGUGGCCCCUUCUCCUGUAUCAGGUCCCCCUCAUCUUCAUAGGCUAUCUGGAAAGUGCUUUAGCCUUGUGGAAUCCACUUAUAGGUAUGAAUUCUGUCCAUUUGCCAACAUCACCCAGCAUGAGCAGUCAUUCCGGUGGAAUGCAUACAGUGGCAUACUGGGAAUUUGGCAGGAGUGGGAAAUUUCAAAUAACACAUUUACAGCAAUGUGGAUGAGAGAUGGAGAUUCAUGUGGAAACAAAAAUAGGCAAUCAAAGAUCCUCUUGACCUGUGGAAGACGCAACAGAGUGGCCCAAGUUUCUGAGCCAAGCACUUGCAUUUACUCUGUCACCUUUGAGACUCCACUUGUCUGUCAUCCUCACUCACUUUUGGUGUAUCCAACCUUGAGUGAGAAACUUCGCAGGGAAUGGGACAAGGCAGCUCAGUCUGUCUAUGAGGAGCUCAUUACUGAACAGGGAUAUGAAAAAAUGCUGAAAGAAAUUUUUGUUGAGGCAAAACUCUUAAAAUUGCCAAUGAAAAAUGAGUCCGAGCCUGAAAGUAGGCAGUCAAAAAAAACUAAUUUUGAAAAUCUGGACAAGUGUGAAAAGGAGAACCAGAAGCUGUCUGCUGAAGUUGAAAAACUGAAAGCUGUUUUGUCCCAACAUGGCAUCACUUAUGACAGUAAUCCUGAAACCCAUGGUCAACAGGCAACUCCCAGCCCCUCUGCUGUGACCACCAGCAAAACACAAAUACACCUCAGAGGAGAUGUUGGAAUUUUGCAAGCCUUGCCUUUGGCCAAAAAGAAAAACCUGCAGAGUUAGCAGGCAACAUAAGCACCUGGGAGACUUCAGCUGAGUGGACUGUCGGUCUGUCUUUCAGGGAAUUCUGGAGGCCUGCUUGGAAAACAAUAAAUGAGGAUGAAUGUAAUCAAAAACUUUGUCCUGCAUUUUUGCAAGCAGUAUAGUAGAAAUGCAGAUUGCUAAAGCAGAAUGCCUUAAAGAUGAUCAAAACGAGGAUCACAAUGACCUGGAGAGAAUGGUUACUUUUCUUUAUCAAAAGUUGUUGUUUUUCCCCACAAGCCAGUUUACAAAACUUUGCCAUCAUGGUCACCUAUACUGUUUUAACUGUGGGUGAGAAACAAAAGUGCAUUGUAGCAACACAUAUAAGAAGUGGAUGCAGUAGACUUAAACCAAGUUCCUCCAGAUCCAUAUCUUCAUCAUGGGCUUAAGAGGACAAAACUUGCCACAGAAAAUGAAGUAUUGACAUUUCUUCAUCCUUGAAUGGUUGUGAUUGCAAGACUUGUUUUACCCUACCAAACUUGGCAUGUUCAUGGGAAGAAUAGUGGUUUGAAUACAAUACAAUUUAUUUUUGUAUAGCCCAAAUCACACAAGAAGUGCCGCAAUGGGCUUUAACAGGCCCUGCCUUUUGACAGCCCCCCAGCCUUGACUCUCUAAGAAGACGAGGAAAAACUCCCAAAAAACCCUUGUAGGGAAAAAAUGGAAGAAACCUUGGGAAAGGCAGUUCAAAAAGGUAGGUUGGGCGUGCAGUGGGUGUCAAAAAGAAAGGGGUCAAUACAAUACAGUACACAGAACAGAAAAAAUCCUCAAUACAGUAUAAAAAUAAAAAUUUUACAAAUACAGACCAGAAUUUAACAGUAAAUGAUAUCACAUAAUAUGAUUUGGAUUUGUUUAGAGUACUGGAGACCUCAGCCAUCCAUCAAGCUGCCUCCCCCAUUUGGCCAUUCCACAGCUGAAACAGUGCUGGGCCAGCCAAUCCGAAGAAAGGACCCCUCUACCCCAUGAUUCCUGCAAUUCUCCAUCAGAGAUGACUUUACCUGAGUUAGGCAAACAAAUUGGCAGGCAGGUCGUGGCACCAAGUGCCACAUUUGAGUACCGAGAAGAGAAACAGAAUAGGUGAGGGUUAGUAACAAAUUAUAACUAUCAUGUUACUUAUGUUUUAGUGCUAAUGACUAACAACAGAGAUGCAGUCUGUACAGUUAAUCAGCAGCUCUAGUCAGGGUGUGCUAAACUGAAGUAGUGAGUCUUCAGCCGGGAUUUCAAAGCUGAGACCAAAGGGGCAUCUCUUACAGUAGCAGGCUGACCAGUCCACAGUUUAGGGACCCUGUAACUAAAAGCUUGACCUCCCACUGUUAUUUUAUUAAUCCUUGGAAUCAUAAGCAGACCGGCAUCUUGAGAACUUAAUGUGCGCUGUGGUUUGUAAGUCAUGAUAAGUUCAGACAAGUAAGCCAGACCUCGGCCAUUUAAUGCUUUAUAUGUUAAAAGGAGGAUUUUGAAAUCUGCCCUAAACUUAACCGGGAGCCAAUGUAAAGAUUUAAAAACUGGAGUUGUGUGUUUGUAUUUUCUUGUUCUUGUAAUAAUUCUUGCAGCAGCAUUUUGGAUUCACUGGAGGCUGUAUAAAGAACAGUUUGAACAUCCAGUGAACACCGCAUUGCAGUAGUCAAUCCUACUAGAAAUAAAUGCAUGAAUUAGUUUCUCAGAAUCCUGUUUAUUUAAAAAGCGCCUUAAUUUCCCAACAUUUUUAAGAUGGAAGAAACAUGAUUUGGACAACUUUGUAAUAUGCACUUUAAAUGACAUGCUGGAGUCAAAGAUAACUCCUAGAUUGUGGGCUGAUUCAGUGAAAUUAAUGGGGAUUCCAACUGAGGUAAAUGAUGACAAAAUAUUGUUGUGAACAGCGUCAUUCCCUCCAACAAUUAACAUCUGUUUUAUCAGUGCUUAAAGACAAGUAGUUCUUAUUCAUCCACUCCUUUAAUUCACUAACACAACUAAUUAAAGACAACAUCGGAGAAACUUCAUUUGAUGUAAAUGAAAGGUAUAACUGGGUGUUAUCUGCAUACGAGUGAAAAUUAACAUUAUGUUUCCUAAUGAGAGAUCCCAGUGGAAGCAUGUACAGUGAAAACAGUAAAGGUCCGAGUACUGAGCCCUGCGGGACACCAUAUCUCAGUAUGCAUAUGAAAGCUUUUUAGGGUACAGAGAAAAAAAAAUAGGCACACAGUUGGAAAAAAAGCACAAAAUGUCAACUUUAAUCUCGAGAUUUCUACAUUAAUCACGUAGUUUAUUUUGUCAUUAAAGUAGAACAUCAUAAACUUCAUCUUAAAAUCAUUUAAUGUUUAGUUUCUCAAAUCCCAUCAUAACUAUAGUAGCACGUUAAAUGCUUUGUUUUGUAUUUGAUCUUCUAUGUGCUGUGUGUGUGUGAAUCACUACGUGCUUCCGUUCUUUCUCUUCCUCCGACAGGACACAGAAUCCAUUACAGCUCUCUGACUAAUUAAAAUACUGAGAUGUAUACUUGAUAUCGUUUUCAUGAUGAUAGGAAUGAAAGCAUGUUAUUAAACAUGGGGACACAGUGAUUGUUCAUGUCUCACGCAAGAUGCUUGCUGCGCGACCUUUGAUUAAAUACUUUAUCACAGCAGUACUGUCUCUUUCAAAUGUACUAACCUCCAAUUCCUGUCCUUCCUUUUCUUUCUCCAAAUACCCAAUUGCCACACAAUCAGCUCUGUAAUAGACGUUAAGCCAUCUGUAAGCUUAGAACGCUGAUUCUUCAAAACUUUUAAGGAACACUGAAAUAUUUUUGUAGUACAUGUUUAAUUAUUCUAUCCGUCUAACCUUCCAGUGUUGUGCCAGCCCCAGCAAGAAUACAGCGCGAGGCAGGAACAAUCCCUGAACUAGCUAGCGCAGUGACACCGUGUCCUCACAUGUUUAAUUAUUAACAAUAUAGAUUAUUUAAAUGAUGUUAACAUUUUAUUUGUAUAAUAUAAACAUAUUUUCCUGCAUUUCAUCUUAAAAAUGAUAUCAUCAUCCUAUGUAAAUACGCACUUUAUAAUGUGGCUCAGGUUGUGCAAUAUUGUACCUGCAGUGCAAGUUUACAGUGAGGUGAUUGUACUUAUAAGUACAAACAGUUCUACAAGGAGCACUUGAUGGACUGAUUGACUGCGUUUAUAGGUCUUGGGAUGACACUGUUUCUGAACUGCGAGGUCAGUAUAGGAAAGGCUCUGAAGCGUUUGCCAUGUGAGAAGCAGUUCAAUAGACAGCAUGGCUGAGGCAGCGUGUGCUUCACGCUGUAUCCCGAUAUUUCUCUUUCCAAUCAGCUGCUGCUGUGAUUCCCCACUCAGAUACAGUGAUAUAAAUACUCCGAGUGGUGCAGUGAGAGUAAUGUGGAAAAGAUGAUCUGCUGUGGCAACCCUUAACGGGAGCAGCUGAAAGAAGAAGGUGCAAUGAGAGUAACAACGCUAAAGCAGCUAUGGUAUUUAGAAUAGUUUGGCCACUCUUUGGACCAUUAUAUUGCUGCAGGUUAAUUACAAUCGGGUGCCUUAAACUAAUAAACAAUAUGCGGUUAAUUUCAGUGUAUAUGAUAAAGCCGCGUCAGGGAUGUGGAUCUAAAAAAGAAAGGGAAACCACACAGGAACAGCAGCACUGCUUUGACGCUGGGUGCCGCCAGUUUGCAAAACUGAGCAGAGAACUUGCGUACGCCAGGGUUGGAGCUACCGUGAAAGUUUAGGUUUUAUACAUCGCGAUUUGAGUGUGGAAACGGGCGUACACAACAUUUUUGUGCGUACACACCAUUUAUACAUGAGGCCCCUGGUGUUUCUGAUAUCUCUCAGAUGUGUUUUGUUUUCUCUGCCUAAUGAUGGCCUGCUUUUAAUAAUAAAACUAUUUAACCUGUCUAUGACUGGUUGAAAUCCAAAUAAUCAAUGUAGACCUCAGCAUUAACAUUUGCAGUUCACCAUGCAAUGCGUAUUCACUGUUAUAUGCCAUUUGGUGUGGAAUGUGUAAAAGCAGUGCUAAUGUUUGAGAUGUACCAUCUAUUGAAAUGACAAAUGCAAUGCAUUUUAUCAAUAAAAAUGUUUGUGAUGCACCAUCUGUUGGAAUUACUGAGACAUAGUAACCAGGUAGCCACUUGCACGUUUAUUAAAAACAUUUCAUAUUUACUGCAAGGUUUAUCAAAAUGUGUAUUAGAUUUAGCCAGAACUUUUUGGUCACAGAAAUAAAUUUGUCUCUUUUAUGUGUGCAGAAAAUAAGUUGGGGUGCCAAAACUGAGAAGUCACUGGCUGGGUUUGUGUUUAAAAACAUGCAUUUGAGUACAUUUUUCAUUGUUCAAUGAGUAAAGAGUAAACUUGGUAAAUGUAUUCUUUAUUUUCCCUUGUGUGAGA